UGAUUGCCACUCGCUUUCUCUCACAUUCCUCUUGGUCCUUAGCCAACGCAUAUAAAAGGCUGUCUCGUGAACCCAGUGCUUGGGAAUGGGACAAUAAUAUACGCCCACUUUAGGGGAGUCAAGAACUAAUGUGGAUUUCUCAACGCAAUGACUUGACGCUUAAAAGUGAUUCUCUCAGUAGCUGGAUGAAAGUCAGACUAAAAUGGGGGAGCAGUGUGUUGCUGAACACAACGGGGACAAACCCGAGGGAGCCAGCUCACCAGAGGAAAGGCCAAAGUGGGACAAUAAGACUCAGUAUCUCCUAACCUGUAUCGGCUUUGCUGUGGGCGUAGGAAACGUGUGGAGGUUCCCGUACCUUUGCCAGAUCUAUGGAGGAGGUGCGUUCCUCAUUCCCUACCUGAUAGCGCUGGUGUUUGAGGGUCUUCCCCUCCUCUACCUGGAGUUGGCCAUCGGCCAGCGUCUACGCCUGGGCAGCAUCGGAGUGUGGAACUCCAUCUCCCCGUACCUUGGAGGAGUGGGUGUCUCUUCCAUGGUGGUGUCCUUUUUGGUGUGUGUGUUCUAUAACACACUCCUGGCCUGGGUCCUCUGGUACUUCUUCCAUUCCUUCCAGAACCCUCUGCCCUGGAGUCAAUGCCCGGUCAACGAAAACCUCACAGGCUACAUUGAGGAGUGUGUGAAAAGCACUCCUGUAAACUACUUCUGGUACCGUGAGACCCUGAACAUCUCACCUGACAUCGAGAUCAAUGGCUCGCUCCACUGGUGGAUCAUCGUGUGUCUGGGUACUGCUUGGCUCGUCGUCUACAUUUGCUUUAUCCGAGGAAUUGAGACCAUAGGAAAGGCAGUGUAUGUAACAGCCACCUUCCCGUAUCUGGUUUUGACGAUCUUCUUGAUCCGAGCUCUGACUCUCCCAGGAGCGACAGAUGGUCUCUUAUACCUUUUCACACCUAAGUGGGAACUGCUGCAAAAUCCUCAAAUGUGGCUUGACGCCUCAACUCAGAUCUUCUUCUCCCUCUCUGUGGCUUUCGGAGGCCUCAUCGCUUUCUCCAGUUACAACCCUCUGCACAAUGACUGUCAGCAGGAUGCUGUAGUGGUGGGUUGUGUAAACAGCGCCACCUCACUCUAUGCCUCCAUUCCAAUAUUUGCCAUCCUGGGCUUUAAGGCAACCUCAAACUACAACUCCUGUCUGGACAGUAACAUCCUGGCCCUGACGAAUGCAUUUGAAAUUGGGGACCAGAAUAUAACUCAUACAAACUAUGAGGACUGGUUAACCUAUUUAAACAAAACUGAUCCUGACACUGUGUUUAAGCUGGAUUUGACAGAAUGCGACCUCCAAGAUUUUCUGGAUCAGAGUGCAUCAGGAACAGGUCUGGCCUUCAUCGUCUUUACGGAGGCCGUGAUUUCAAUGCCGGGCUCUCAGGUGUGGGCAGUGCUCUUCUUCGUCAUGUUGUUCAGCCUGGGGCUCUCGUCCAUGUUUGGGAACCUGGAAGGCGUCCUCACCCCUCUCCUGGACCUCCACAUGGUGCCCAAGUGGAUGCCCAGAGAGGUCUUCACUGCACUGAUAUGCAUAGUGUGCUUCCUUAUGGGUCUGAUCUUCGCUAUGGGUUCGGGGAACUACUGGUUGGAGAUCUUUAACACCUAUGUUGGAUCUGUGCCUUUCCUCAUCAUUGCCCUAUUCGAGCUCUUUGGCAUUAUAUUUUUCUAUGGAACUGAAAGGUUUUGUAAAGAAAUUGAGUUCAUGACGGGAAAGCGUCCUAACCUGUUCUGGAAGGUAUGUUGGAUGUGCAUCAGUCCGCUACUGCUACUGGUCGUCUUUCUGGCCUACAUCAUAGUUCAGGUUCAAACAACACCCACCUACCCCGCCUGGAACCCAGACUACGAGCACUUUCCUAAAACAGAGAUACAGCCAUAUCCAGGCUGGGUGUUUGCCAUCUGCAUUCUCCUAGCAACAGUGCCCGUCUUGCCCAUACCCUUUGUCGCCCUCUACAGGCUGGCGCAGAACAUUACAACAACAAAACAACCCGCAAAUGACACAGCACUAAAGGCCUCUGUGAAUAAAGCAUAUGUCCCUGAUGUAGAUAUGGAUCUGCAAAGAAAAUUAUGAUCUUGAUUGAAAUGCCACUAGUCUCUAGAUUUUUCCCCCCAUUAUUAAAAGAUUUCGCUUAAUAAAUGGAAAUAUCACUAGACAGCUGGAGGAGAAACUCAACUGAGGAAUUGACAAGAAUUAGAUAAAGACAAUAUAUACAAUAGAUACCAUAGCUUUUAGGAACAACAUAAGAUUUAUCUUCUGUACAGUGCUCAUUGUUCAUUGCGAAAGUUUGUUUGAACUUUCUGUAGGCUACUAGACAUUUCUAUUUAGAAAAUGUAUUUAUAUAUUUAUACAUUUAUAAUAGCUGAAAAUGUUAUGUAUUUGUCUGUUAAAUGUGAUCCCAUUGUUGUACAUUGUACCACAGCUUACUUGAACACCCUUUGUAAUUGUAGCUGCUCAUGAAGCUUAUUUUGUAACUGGACUGGAACAACACUAACUAAUUAAAAUGUGAUUGAUAAUUUAGGGGAAUGCAAAUACACUGCGGGACUUAAGCCA